AUGAAAACCAAAGAGAUCCUCGUAGAUUUCAGGGAUCCGACGUGGGCCCUUAACACCCUCCACCCGGUGAAGAAAGCCCAGCAGAGGCUCUUCUUCUUGAGGAAACUUCAGAAAGCCAAACUCCCCUCUCAGCUCCUCCUAAACUUCUGCAGGAGCACCACCCAGAAAGCCUUCCACGUCCCCUGGAGGGAGAAGGACCCCAGGGGUCUCCGCGGGAUCUCGGGAUGGGCCUACGAGCCGUACAUAGGAGUCGGAGGACACGAGGCUGCAGUCCGUCAAGCCAACACCAGCCUAAAGCGCCCGGAACAACUGAUGGGCUACCAGCAGCGCGCUGCAAUCGUGGAAGUGCCUUUGUACCGCGUCUAUAUGUCCACCACAAAAUCAGACAGGUCCACCAGCAAGACCCCCUUUAGUUGGUGCGUGUGCGGCAGCGACUGGCGGACGUACAGCAGCAUUUGCCGCCUGAGAGCCGAGAACACGAGAGCCGAGCUCGGCGAGGGCCCCCCGGUCAUUUUGAUCCAGACGGCGUCGUGUGAUUCAGGGGACUUGUUUGAUUGAAUGCAACAUCAAGGAAGUAUGCGCUGCAAGUUCAACUUCGUUGCGGUGGACAAGAUCGUCCCAGCUGUGGUGCACUUAGAGCUUUUCCUACAUUUUGGUUUCGCCUUCUUGUCUUGCCAGAGUGCCAUCAUCCAGCGAAGUGGCUCUGGGUUUGUAUUGUCUGAGGACGGCUGGAUCCUCGCCAGUGCUCACGUACUCAACAACAAGCGGCGGGUAAAUGUGGUGCUAAAAAGCGGUUUGCGGUACGACGCUUCCCUUAAGGAUGUGGACCAGAAGAUGAACAUUGCUCUCAUCAAAAUCGAACCAGAUAGUGCCCUGCCUGCGCUCCGUCUCGGCCUGUCCUCGGACAUGCGUCCCGGUGAGUUUGUGGUGGCGGUGGGAAGCCCUUUCUCCCUGCAGAACUCCAUCACCACGGGCAUCCUCAGCGACGGACCGGAGCUGGGCUUAGAGGACUCGGACAUGGACUACAUCCAAACCGACGCCGUCAUCCAUUGCGGCAACUCUGGUGGGCCGCUUGUCAACUUGGAUUUAGAUGUAAUUGGCAUAAAUAAUGGAAUCACGUUUGCCGUCCCUGCCGACAGAAUAGGACAGUUCCUGGCUGACUCCUUCAACAGACAAGUUAACCGAAGACCUGGAUUGACAGAGAAACACAUCGGCGUCCUGAUGCUGCAGCUCUCCCCAUCUUUGAUCCAAAAUCUCAAGGAGCGUGAGGGCGGCUUUCCAGAUGUGAUCUCAGGUGUUUACAUCUACGAGGUGAUACCUGGAGGACCUGCAUCCAGCGCCGGCUUUAUUGACCACGACGUCAUCAUCGGCAUCAACGGUCGGCCCGUCCGCACCAUACAGGAAGUGAGGGAAGCCGUCCGGAGCGACGCACCCCUUUCAGUGACCGUGAGACGAAAGAGUGAGGAUGUCACUCUGACUGUCAGACUCCUGAGGACGCUGAAUGAUGCGCCUCACUGCACAUGGGAACCACUGAAGCUACUGACUUGCUGGUGCUUCGGUUGGUUGGUUCCCUGCAUCACUCGCUUUACAAUCAAUUACAGCAAUGAUGUAAUUGAUUGACUCUAAAACUGAUUAAUCACAUGAUUUUUCACAUGAUUUUUCUGUCAUUAACAGCAAUUGAUAAAUAAUUAAAAACUAGUGUAUUGCACCUUUUUAUUUUGAAGUAAUGUUAUCACAAUAGUAUAACAGGCACUCUGAGUAACAGCAAGUUGAGAUACAGUGAACAGGUAACAGAAGAAAGUCUGUAAAGCCAAUGGAUAGAAGAAACAACACUUUGUGAUGCAGGUUGAGCAGUUACACAAUUAACUUUAUUUAUCCAAUCCUUUGAAUUCUUCUUGCGUUGGUUUGUCGACAGUUCUCCCGCAUCCAAAGCAGUCUGCCAGCUUCCCUCCCGUUUUCUUUGGGGAGCUGGUUGCCUGGCGUCAAUGCUGUGUAACGCUUUAAGAGGUACUUCAGGCUCAAUAGUUUUCAUCCCGGUUUGCAGUGGUUACAAAUAGCUUUGCUUUUGUUGACUACGCUGUCUGGUAGAAAAUUGCUGUUAAUGUAUGAUGAAAUGUUGCAGAUGUAUAUUGACCCGCUGUUAAAAAGGUAUCAUAUCAUAUCAAAUAUCGGCUGUCAAUAUAAUAUAGAACCUACUUCAACGGGAUUCAUGUGGAGGAAACUUUAUAGAGGACAGAAGUACUGAGAUAGAAAUGCAUGUAAAAUAGAGUCCACCCAUCCUCAAACUGUGAUAACAAAUACAUAUUUGGAAUACUACGGAAUAUUCCCAGAUCAGAGCAGAAAGAGUUGUCUUGGUGCAAAGCAUUAUGUAGAGGUCACACAUCAGUUUGGGUGAUUUGUGUGAAACGUGCAGAUCCAAAGUGUUUUGGGGGGAGGGGGGAUACAUGUGUUUGCAUCCCUGAAUACAGAUACAGUAAACUUAGGUGGUACAACCUGAA